GGGGCGGCCCCGAGCGGCGCUGCCGGGAUGGGAGCGUGAGAGGGGGCGAGUCCGCGGCCGGAGGAGCUGCGGUCUGAGCGGGGGCUGGUGCCGGCGGGCUCGGACCCGCCAUGGAGCCGGUGACCAAGUGGAGCCCGAAGCAAGUGGUGGACUGGACUAAGGGUCUGGAUGAUUGCCUGCAGCAGUAUGUCCAUAAAUUUGAACGGGAGAAGAUAAAUGGUGAGCAGCUGUUACAGAUUUCUCACCAGGACCUUGAAGACUUGGGUAUCUCACGGAUUGGACACCAGGAGCUGGUUCUAGAGGCUGUGGAUCUCCUGUGUGCACUGAACUAUGGCCUUGAAACAGACAACAUGAAGAACCUGGUUCUCAAGCUGCGAGGGUCAUCCAACAAUCUGCAGAACUACAUCAGCAGCCGUAGGAAAAGUUCCAGUUAUGAUGGAAAUACCUCUCGCAAGCCCCCCAAUGAAUUCCUUACUUCUGUUGUGGAGCUUAUUGGUGCUGCUAAAGCCUUGCUUGCAUGGUUGGACAGGACCCCAUUUACAGGUAUUGCUGACUUUUCAUCAAUGAAGAACAGAAUCAUUCAGCUCUGCUUGGACCUCACUACUACUGUUCAAAAGGAUUGCACUGUGGCUGACAUGGAAGAUAAAGUCCAGACUGUGGCCAAGACUUUAAAUGGCAUUUGUGACAAAGCCAUCCGAUCAACCACAGACCCACUGAUGAGCCAGUGUGCCUGUCUGGAGGAGGUCCAUUUAACCAACAUUAAACCUGGGGAAGGCCUGGGAAUGUACAUCAAAUCAACUUAUGAUGGAUUGCAUGUAAUUACUGGAACAACAGAAAAUUCCCCUGCUGAUCGCUCCCAGAAGAUUCAUGCUGGUGAUGAAGUGAUCCAGGUUAAUAGGCAAACUGUGGUUGGAUGGCAACUAAAAAAUCUGGUGGCAAAGUUGCGAGAGAAUCCUGCUGGAGUUAGGCUGCUGCUUAAGAAACGUCCUACUGGCUCUUUUCAUUUCACUCCUGCUCCUCUGAAGAACCUGCGCUGGAAACCACCCUUGGUGCAGACCAGUCCCUCACCAGCUUCAACUCAGUCGCCAGAAAGCACCGUGGAUACCUCACUGAAGAAGGAGAAGCCAGCCAUUUUGGAUCUGUACAUACCCCCUCCACCAGCUGUUCCGUAUUCUCCUCGAGAUGAAAAGGGGAGCUUUUUGUAUGGAGGAGGCAGCAAACGCAGUCAGCCCCUGCCUGGGUCCAAGGGCGCCGAGUCUCCCAAUUCCUUUCUGGAUCAGGAGAGCCGGAGGCGGAGGUUCACUAUUGCUGAUUCUGAUCAGCUGCCUGGGUAUCCCAUGGAAGUAAAUGUCCUGCCAGCCAAAAUGAGAGAAAAAACACAGUCCUACGGAAAACCUCGUCCUUUGUCAAUGCCUGCUGAUGGAAGCUGGAUAGGAGUUGCAGAGCCCUUCUCUAGGCCACGAGGAUCAGGGAGAAAAGGUGAAGAUGUCCUCUGCAGGUACUUCAGCAAUGAAAGGAUACCCCCCAUCAUUGAGGAAAGCCCCUGCACGCAGCACCCGCUCUCCAGGCCGGUGUCUGACAAGCAGUUAGUGAGGGGAACGGAUUAUAUUCGGGGCAGCAGGUGCUUUAUGAACACAGACCUCCACAACAGUGCAACAAUUCCUUUCCAAGAGGAAGGUGCUAAAAAAUCAUCGGUCACAUCAUCCACGAAAUCCUCCUCGGCAGAGCCCUCGCUGCUGGUCAAUUGGUUCACCAGACUGAAGCUGUUGACUCACUGACUUGUCCCCAGCGCUGUCACCAAGUGCCUUUGCUCGUCGGUCACACUUCCCUACUCUGCAGCCUAACUGACACACACUGACUAAUGCAGUAUUCUGUUCCUGGAGAAUCUCACACUUUAGCCUUUUUGCUUGUCAUUUUUCAUGGAUCAGAGGGUUUCAUAGUGCAAGGAGGGAGGACAGAUCAAGUUCCUCUUCCUGGCCAAAAACUGAAGGCAUUUAUUUCCAUGGAAAUGAGUAAAAUUUCAGUGAGGUAGAGGCCACAAGUGACCUGGGAAAUGUGUAAUGGCUCAGAGGAAAACAUUGCAUUACUGUGAAGUCCAGUGGCACUUUAGUUGUCUGAAUGCUCAGAGGCUGGUGCAACUGGCAGGGUGUCAGAGUAUGAAGAGCUCACAGAAGCUGUCACUCUCCUGACUGGGAAAAUAAGCAGGGAAACAGCAGUUUCAUGCAACUUGGUGAUGCUGUUUCAAGUACUGCAUGAGAUCAACCUUGCAAGGAAGAAUUAGUGGUGUUACCACUCUUUCUCUGAUAUCCAGAGUUCCUAUGAAGUCUUCGGAAGAGAGUUCUCUUAUUCAGAGAUUUUAGGAAGUUGGACUAAUUUAAUUAUAAAUCAAUCCAACCUUAUAUAUAUAUAAUCUAUUUUAUUUGAAAUCACAGUACAAAUAAGGAGCACUGAACAACUGCAAUGCUCAUCUGUAAAGGUAUAUGGAUUGCUACAACAAGCCAAGGAAAUGCAUCUGUAGAGGUGGUGAAAGAAUAUAUAUUUUUUUCCUUAAUUUUUUAAGAAUGACUUGCUGUUAACCAAAGUAACCUUGAAAGACAGUCCUGUUGGACUUAUGAGAACUUUUACAGUGGUUCAGUUUUUGAAUGAUAUGUUGUUUUUAUGAAAAAUAUGUGCUAUCAUACACUACAAUUGUAAGACAUCUUGCUAUUUUCUAUAUAGCUCUAAUUUUUACCCCUCCAGAAUUUUAAAGUAGCCUUGGGUAUUUUGGGAGGAAAAUAAAACUUGUUUAACAAAAGAGGAGGAUAUUAAAGAGGUAUUGUUUAAGAAGGAAUGUACAUAAGAUUGUUAGUAUGCAAACAGUUGUGUUUAAAGUUAUUUAAAUGUCAAAUAUAGUUGUAUAUGUUUUUACAUUUAAACAGAUAGAGUUUGUACCUUCCUGUAUGGAAGUAUUGGGCACAGCUUAGUCAAAUGAAAAGAAAAUAAGAUUUUGUAUUACCUUCUAAUUAUAAGACUAACUAUUUUUGUAGAUGAUACAUUGCUGAUAGCCUCUACUCCUUCGGUCUUGCUGAAAAGAAGGAUUUGUAUUUAAUGAUUGGUGGGGAAGGAAGGGAGUUAAAUGCUAGUUUGCACUCAGGACUGGGGCAGGGAUCACAUGUGAUAACAGGAUGUUAAAAACACACUGUAAUUCUGUCUGUGAAGAUGUCACCAUUCUGCUGCAACGAGCUGAUGAAAUUGUAGUACAGCCCCACGAAGAGUGUUUCGUUCACUUCUCAAUUAAUUGUGCUUGAUUGUGACUCACUAAUGACUGGAGAGGCUGGUUUCGCCCUUUCUGAUCAAAGCAGACAUGUCUGUCUUGUGCCACUCUCCUCCACUGCCCGAGAUGGCAGUCUGUGCUAGACAUGAACUGCUGCUGUGCAGCCAAACCCUGACACAGUUUGCUCCUGCCUCCGAGAAAAGGGCUGAAGCUGCCAUGUUGUGGCCUCUGUGGUGUAGUGUAGUCCAGCCUCAAAAAGGCUGAACUGUUCAAAGGUGUUGUCCAAACAAGACUUUUAAAAUGGAAGUUCUGCUCAUCUUCAGUGUUGUGUUUUCUGUACUUAAGCAAUGAAUGGCGGCCAUUAUACUUAACCUCUUAUUGUGUGUAGUGAAUAUAGAGGAUGCUCUACAGUUUAGGGGUAAAAAAAACUCCCAGAGAUCUAGGAAUAAAUCACAGCUGAUAUCCUUCUGGCCUAACCUGCAAAAAAUUCUGCUAUUAUACAGAAACUUGGCUCAUCUCUUGAUGUUGAAGGUACGUGCAUCUAUCUACUCAAAAACUGUACCUAGGCUGACUUCCCUAAUGAGUACCGUGUAAUUUCCAGAUGUCCUGCCAUGGUACAGUACUCCACAAUACUCUGAAAACACUCUCAUGGUGGAAAAACAAUGCAGUUAAUUGGAAAAGAUCAUAAAUCCCACAAAAACGGAAAAUAAUAUUUAGUACUGUUAGUACUGCAUAUAUGUAUAGUGUGGAUCGUGCACUUUUGGAAUAUUGAGCAGGCUUCUGUUGAAGUCUGUAGAAUGCAUGAAAGCCAAUACCUUUGAUUUCUCUUACAUAACCAUUGCAAAAAAAAGAAGUCCUUUUUUGGAUGGUAAUGUGUGAGAGGAAAUAGGACAUAAAAAUGAACACUAAUGACUUUUAGAGACAGAGUGCAGGAAAAUUCUCCAAGCCAUAUGUUUCCUCUAGUAUUCAUGGACAAUUAAAUUAAUCAGUGUUUGAAUUCUGGAUGACCAGUAGAGGUGAACACAGUACUGAGGGUAUUAUACUAAUUUUGUGCUAAUCAAUGAGCCAAUAGCUUUUCCUUCCUCAUAAGCAGGGCUUGUUUUACAAGCAACGGGCUCCAUAGUCGUGGUGCUAAUUGCACAGAAAGGAGAGAGAGUAAAAAUCCAAAACUUAACCAAACCAGGAAACAGAUGGUAAAGACUUUAGAGGCUUUAGAGUUGGAGAGCUAAACAAUUUUCUUCUUGCAUAAAUGUUUCUUUAGUCCAAAUCUUGCAUCCUGUUUUAUUACACUGCCACCAGGCAGUCUCCACAAAUUGCUCUAGAUCUGCAAUCACAUGCUGAAUAGACCAAGUUAAACCCCACAUCAGGCUUUAACUUAGAUCUUGAUGAAUUCAGCUCAAACCUUUUUUUUUUUUUUUUGCAAGUUUUACUUCCCUAGGAGCUUUCGUGCAUUCAUCAUUCAAUUUUUGGAAUAUCUUACACAUGAUCUGUGCAGAAAGGCUUUUGUGCUCAUGCAUUCUCAGAAAUGCCUUUGCCAGCAGGAUUGGUAGCUCAGAGGAGUGUGAAUGUUGGCUUCUGCUUGAGUUUUCUGCACUAAAAUAUUCAUCCCCCCAAUUUCCACCAUACAUCCUAGUGCACUAUCUGAAAAGUGUGAGAUAGAAAUGCUCGUGGGCAAUUGGAAAGAGGUGUUGUGUCCUUUGUCCUGCUGUACAACUGUGGCUUCUUUCUGUGCUGCAGCCUGAGCUUUACUUUGCACAUGCUGUGGUUAUGGAGCACGUGCUCUUUGUGGCUGUCACAUAGGAAUGUUUUUGUCUCCUUGCAGGCUGUAAGGUUUUUGUAAUGGACAAGAGCUCUUGAGGAAGCCACUGACUUAACUCAACAUAUUCUGUGAUUCACUUAAAAUGUAGAAAGAGCACUCCAAAAAACCUCAGUUUGGAGAAUGAAAACAGAGGGGUCAGGCUAAGCUAAAUGUAUGGGUCUGUGUUGUGUCAAAUGCUGCUGCAGCUGAGUGGCAGCAACUCUGCAAAGAAAGCACCCCACACAACUGCAGCAUGCACAUUUGUUUCUAUCACUACAUUUGUAUGGUGCUGGAAUAUGAAACAAGGGCACUCUUUCAAAGCAGUUAUAUAUAGUUCCACACACGACACUUGAGCUGUAAGAUAUAUUGACAAAAGCAGUCAAGAGCUGCUGUCAGUGUGUAAUUUCACCAAAUUCUGCUGCAUUGGUUUAAAAUAGUAACCUCUCUUCAUCCUGUUGCCUGCACAAUGCAAGUCCCUAACCAUCAGUUUUGUCUUCCUUUAUGAUAGCAACUGCUGGUAAGAUUGUGUCAUUCCCACGGGGCCUCAUGCAGUGGUCUGAAAGCUUAGUUAGUUUGGGUUAUUCUGGACUUUGUCCAGAAGUGGAAAGUCAAAUUUAAAAACUAUUACUGCUCCAACAUCACUUAGAGUUGGGAUUUUUUUUUAAAUACAUACUAGAUAUUAAACAGGCAGGAGUUGUCUGUUGCAUUCUUUGCGAGUAGAAGAAAAAAUAAGGAUUACAAACUCAGUGGAGGAAAAAACCCCAGACCUUUGGGUGUCCUCCAGUUCCUGCCAGUGGGAGAAAUGUGUUUAUUUUAGCAUGACAUAGAAUAGAUGUAAACAUUUUCUUUUUAAACCUCCCUGUGUGGUCACCUCAGUUAUUCAGGAUGAUGUAAGCCACUGACUUUCUCCUUUAAGUGGUUAUGGAGUUAUCCAAUAUAUAUUUUUUGGGAGACAGUAAAGAUAUCUUAGACAAUUAUGUGAUUGAUUAAGAGAGUAUGGAGAUGGAGUAAUUAGGCAUAAAGUAAGUGCCAUAGAGUGCUGAGUUAUAGGGGAAAUCCUUGGGUCAAUUUAUGAUUGUAGUUGCUGUUUGUUCUCUGGUGAGGGUGAAUGGUCUCCAUCCCAGACAGCAGCCAGGGAAUCAGAGCACAAGAAGUCCAGUUUACUGUGCCAUCUUCAGCUGAGAGGGGUAGUUGCUCUGGCUUUUUUGGUUGGUUGUUUCUGACACCCCACACCCUCCUGGGUAAGUGUAGCAGGAGUAGGAAGUGUUGAAAUGUACCUGUGGGGCAAACCUGACCAGAUUCUGAUGGAUCACUGGGAUGUGCUGACUGAUGGUGCUCAGCCACCACAUGUUCAGAUGUGCUCUGGGAGUGCCUUUGCAGGUGAGGAGCCUCAGGCCCUUCUGACCUUUACUUAGAGGCUUUUUUGUUUGGGCAAUAUUUACUGAGAGGCAUACAAUAUGCCACAGUCUAAACUGAGAUUCAUUGUUUUGACAGUGUAUUUAAUGCUUUGUGUUUUUUUCCCCAAGUAACUGCUUGCAUCUCAAUGCUACUUAUUAAUGUGUUUUCCUCUUUCAUCCCCCAUUAGCUGUUUUCAGUACCAAUGUUUCUAAUAAAAUCCUCACAUAUUUCCAGUGAAAAUGUUCAUAAUGCCAAGUAGUCACAAAUGAGCCAUAAAAUCUUAAUCUGUAAACUGUAAAAGAGCCCCAACCAAACAAAACUCCAUUAGUAAAACACAAGGAAAAAAACCCACAUUUUCUGCCUUGGGAAUAACGACUUCAUGAAUAAUAAUGAAACUAAGGAUUUUCAUCCAGGUAAAAGGUCAGCCAAACUUUAGCAGCUGCAUCUUGGGUUAUUUGUUUGAUUUUAUUACGUGAUAGUAGAAAGUGAGGGCUGUAGUUCGGGUAUUGUAGAUUCUUGCAGCACAACUGUGGUGUGUAAAUGUGUCUCCACAGAAUGUGACCAAAGGCUUUCUUGGGUGUAACACAGUUUUAGCUGAAACUCUCCCCCUUUACUGAAUGUCCAUUGAACAUGCAGAAGUCUUAAUGUUGUCUGGCAUAUUUCUUGACCACUGGUGUCUGGGGGGAAGUUGGUAUGAGUUCCUAUAAGUGAGUAGGAUGAGAGCAAAAUAAAUUAUGUCCUAAAUUAA